AACUUCUAUUCUAUAAAGCUUUCCCGUCCAACCACUUGUCACGUUUUACACAAAAUAAUCCAUAGUAAUUGCUUUGAUUCAUUCAUCAAUGGAAGUUCGAGGCCACCACCAUUUUCCGCCAUUACCACCAAUCUCCUACAACUUCUCCCAUCCACAACUCCACCUCCAUUUCCCCCCCUUUUUCAUGCUCCCAUUUCCAUCAUCCCCAAUCCGCCAUUGUCUUCCUUCUAAUCAAACAGCCCACAAACCUUAGAGGAAGCAGGUUUUCCACCACCUCCUUCCUCUUCCGCAAUGGCUUCCGCUUCCCUUCUCGUAAUUCUCCUCUUCGCCGUCCCCUGCUUAGUUGAAUCCAAGCUUUCUCUUGAUUAUUACCGGAAAACUUGCCCCGAUUUUGCUAAAAUCGUUCAUGAAACCGUCUCUAAGAAGCUUGUUACUAGCCCAACCACCCCCGCCGCCACCAUGCGUCUCUUCAUCAAUGAUUGUUUUGUUGGAGGCUGUGAUGGCUCUAUUCUCGUUGCCUCAAACGCCUUCAACCACGCCGAACGCGAUGCCGAAAUCAACCUCUCUCUUCCAGGAGACGCAUUCGAUGUCGUCGCUCGAUCGAAGGUCGCUUUAGAGCUUUCCUGCCCGGGGGUCGUCUCUUGCUCCGACGUAUUAGCACAAGCGACUCGCGAUCUCAUCGCGAUUACAGGCGGACCGUCGUACAAUGUUCAAUUAGGGCGAAAAGAUAGCUUGGUAUCGAAAUCUUCCGAAGUGGAAGGAAACAUUCCGAAGAUGAAUCAAACAAUUGACGAGAUGAUCAAACUAUUCACAGCGAAAGGAUUCACGAUUCAAGAAAUGGUAGCGUUAUUCGGCGGAAGAACAAUCGGCUUCUCAAAUUGCAAGGAGUUCGGCGACCGGAUCUUCAAGUUCAGUAAAACAACACCAACAGAUCCAGAGAUUCAUCCGAAGUUCGCAGAGGCUUUGAAGAAGAGUUGUGAAGGAUAUGAGAAGAAUCCAGGAAUGUCGGCAUACAGCGACGCCGUAACGCCGGGGAAAUUCGACAAUGUGUACUUCAAGAAUCUGUUGAGAGGAAUGGGAUUAUCGGCGUCGGAACAUGCGUUGGUGAAGGAUCCGAGGACGAGGAAAUUUGUGGAGAAGUACGCCGGAAAUCAAGCGUUGUUCUUCAAGGAUUUUAGUGGCGCCAUGGAGAAGUUGAGUGUUCGUGAAGUGAAAAUCGGUGGGAAAGGAGAAGUGAGGAGGAAAUGCGAUGUGUUCAAUUCAAUUCAAACUUGAAGUAGAAAGAAAAUAAACAAUUUUCCAAUUUGUAACGGCGUCGUUUUGGUACAUCAUAAAACAAUUAUUUUAUCCCCGUGAUUUUAAAGAACAAAAAUUUAUUA